AUGCGGUGGCCCCGCGGCCCCCGCGGCGCCUGGCGGCUGCUGCCCCGGCGCUCGCUGCUGGCCGCGCUCUUCCUCUUCUCGCUCUCCUCCUCCUUCCUCUACUUCGUGUAUGUGGCGCCGGGCAUCGUGAACACCUACCUCUUCAUGAUGCAAGCCCAAGGCAUCAUGAUCCGUGAGAACAUGCGAACUAUAGGAGCUCAGGUGUACGAGCAGGUGGUCCGCAGUGCCUAUGCCAAGAGGAACAGCAGCGUCAAUGACUCAGAUUAUCCUCUUGAUCUGAGCCACAAUGACACCUUUCUGCAAGCCACAACGUUUCUUCCUGAAGACUUUACCUACUUCCCCAACAAUACCUGUCCUGAGAGGCUCCCUUCUAUGAAGGGCCCCAUUGAUGUAAAUAUGAGCGAGAUCACCAUGGAGGACAUCCACCAGUUCUUCUCCAAAGACCCUUCCAUCAAGCUGGGAGGGCACUGGAAGCCGAGUGACUGCCUGCCUCGCUGGAAGGUGGCGAUCCUGAUCCCAUUCCGCAAUCGCUACGAGCACCUGCCCGUCCUCUUCAGACACCUCAUUCCCAUGCUGCAGCGGCAGCGCUUGCAGUUCGCCUUCUACGUCGUGGAGCAGGCUGGAAACCAACCCUUCAACCGUGCCAUGCUCUUCAACGUUGGCUUUCGGGAAGCAAUGAAGGACUUGGACUGGGACUGCCUCAUCUUCCACGACGUGGACCACAUACCAGAGAACGACCGUAACUACUACGGCUGUGGGCAGAUGCCCAGGCACUUUGCAGCCAAGCUGGAUAAGUACAUGUACCUGCUCCCGUACAACGAGUUCUUCGGGGGCGUGAGUGGCCUCACUGUCGAGCAGUUCCGGAAGAUCAACGGGUUCCCCAACGCCUUCUGGGGCUGGGGUGGCGAGGAUGAUGACCUCUGGAACAGAGUGCAGUAUGCAGGCUACUCGGUGACUCGACCAGAAGGAGACACAGGGAAAUAUAAAUCAAUUCCCCACCAUCAUCGGGGUGAAGUGCAGUUCCUAGGAAGGUACGCCUUGCUGAGGAAGUCAAAAGAAAGGCAAGCCCUGGACGGCCUCAAUAACUUGAACUACUUUCCAAACGUCACAUAUGACGCCUUGUAUAAGAACAUCACUGUUAACCUGACACCGGAGCUGGCUCUGGUGACCGAAUAUUAAGAGCAGAAAAUAACUUUGCUCUGCCCUCCACCAAGAAAGCACCACACUAGACUUUCUUUUCCAAGGGUUAUUGAGGACAAGCAACACUUUGUCGAAUGAAGGAUCACAGUAUUUUGGAGAAGGAGGCUGAAAGUGCACGCACAAAUUGCCCUAGCUGUACCAAUCCAGACCGAUACCUGGGCAGCGAGCUCAGCAGUCUCUUUAUUUUUUCUGCCACUUGCUUUCUGGGUUUCAGGACAACAGUUCGACCUGCUGCUCUCGUCUCCACAUUCCUCCUCUAGCAAUCUCUGGCACUGGGACUCUCCUGGGAUGGGCUCUCUCCUCCGGGAAGCGGCUCAGCUGAGGGACUCUGGCUGCUUGGCAGUGAACGUCGCGAGCAAUUUGGGUGGCAACUGCCCUGGUGGGAGAUCAGACGAUUUCUGAUGCCAUUCUUCUAUGUCUGUGCGGUUUUUUAAAUGACCUGCUUGAAGUACAUACAACAGAAUCGCUUCUUAAAGAAGUGUAAGUGUAAAUAUGCUGUGUAAAUCGCCCCUUUUUAUUUUUCUCCUAUGGCUCAAGUCCAAGCGAGAGGUUUACAUACGGUCACUCAUUUUAGUCCUGAGUUCUGAAAACACUUGUGUGAGCAUCACUGUACUUGUGCAAGGUGUUCCCUUUUAAGCCAGUGAGCCUGCUCGCAUGAUCCCAGCUGGGCAUUUGCAGAAAUGUUUGUGGGCCAGGGCCCAGAACCUUCCAGUGCAGUGGGUGAGAAAUACAGCCGGGUCAUCACUCAUUCCAGAAACCACAGGGCUGGCUUGUUCAGGGAGGGUGAGGAAAUGGGAAUAUUUAUUACAAACCCUCCCUUUUCUGUCACUUUUGCAGCGUGAUGUGCAAUGAGUCCAAAAGCCCUGUGGAAGGCAGUCCUGUGGCUGUGGCUCUGUCCCACUGACAGCAGGGCUGAGCCAGAGGGGCUGGGAUGGAGCCACUGCUCCCAUGUGAGCCCUUCCCACAGCCGUGCUUGCCCUCACUCU